UUUCUUUCCGCAUCCGCCAUUUUAGUGUGUGUUGGCGUACGGGAGUUUCUUUUGCGAAUUUCUGGAAACUAGACAAGAUGGGAGGUUUUGCUAGUUUACUAAAAGGACUUUUUGGGAAGAAGGAAAUGCGAAUAUUGAUGGUUGGUCUUGACGCUGCUGGUAAAACAACCAUUUUAUACAAAUUAAAGUUGGGCGAGAUUGUAACGACAAUCCCCACGAUAGGAUUUAAUGUUGAAACUGUCGAGUACAAGAACAUUAGUUUCACGGUAUGGGAUGUUGGCGGACAAGACAAAAUCCGACCUCUAUGGAGGCAUUAUUUCCAGAACACUCAAGGUAUCAUAUUCGUCAUUGACAGUAAUGAUCGGGAACGUAUUGCAGAAGGCCGAGAGGAGCUCACUCGAAUGUUGGGUGAAGAUGAACUGCGUGAUGCCGUGCUUUUGGUUUUCGCCAACAAACAGGAUCUGCCGAAUGCCAUGAAUGCUGCCGAGGUAACAGAUAAGCUUGGUUUGCACGCUUUGAGAGGCAGGACGUGGUACAUCCAGGCAACAUGUGCCACCAGUGGUGAUGGACUGUAUGAAGGUUUAGACUGGUUAUCAACAAUUUUGAAAAAUAAAAGUAAAUAAAUACUGACGGUUAUAAUUAACAACUGAACUCAUCCUCUGGGACCACACGCAACAUUGUCCUCAAGAACAGUUAAUUUAAUUGUUCACACAAAUAACCUACAUGUUUUACGCAAACUUCAGUGAACUUUCAUCAUGUGGUUAUUUUUUAUUUAUUUCCAUAACUGAAGUUUCAUGUUCUGCCACAAAGAACACUUGGCAUGUGGGAUGACGUGCUGCGCUAAUGAACAUUGUAUAAACAAAAACUUGACAUUAUUUUAAUUUUCAUUCAGCAAAGGGAAAUAAUUAGCUACCAACAGUUCCAUUUACCUUGUUGUAAAUAUUUAUUACUCGUGUAUCUAUUGGUCUGCUUCAUCUUUUGGUAUAUACCAGCCACCAGUAUAAGUAUGAUUGUAAAAUUUUAGAAAUUUAUGUUGAAUUGUACAUUGAUUGCAGUAUGUUUGAGAAUAUGUAUACAUAUGAAUACGAGAUUUCUGCACAUAAUCAUUGUAAACUAAGGGAAAAUGGAUGGGAUAAAAUACUGAUUGUCAGUUAUUUAAUAAAUUUAAAUGAUUUACAUUGUUUUAUGUUUUAGUGUAAUUUUUUUAAAUGAUAUUUCAAUCAAAAUGUUUCUAUAUUCAUUCAUUACUUUCAAGCAUUCUACAUUAUGUGUACCAAUUUUCAAGUUGGGAAUAAACAAAAUUAUUUCAAUAGUU